UUCUCAGUCAAGUUUUAAAAGUUGUUGCAUAUUUGAGAUGAAAGCUUAUUGGUUUGGAGUUCCUUGUGGGUUUGUUGCUCUACUGCUUGUGUUAUUUUGUAGUUCUGGAUCAGAGGUUGUGACUAUUGAUGUUCAACAAGCCAAGGAUCUGAUCAAGUCUGGCUAUGGUUAUGUGGAUGUUAGGACUGUGGAGGAGUUCGAGAGAGGGUAUGUUGAUGCGGAGAAGAUUUACAAUAUUCCUUACAUGUUCAAUAGACCCGAAGGUAAAGUGAAAAAUCCAGAUUUCUUGAAAGAGGUUGCAUCUGCUUGCAGCAAAGAUGACCAUAUUGUUGUGGGUUGUCAAAGUGGGCUUAGAUCCCUAUAUGCAGUUGCUGAUCUUCAAAAUGUUGGAUAUAAGCAUCUCAGCAACAUGGGAGGAGGUUAUUUGGCUUGGACAGAGAAACGGUUUUCUGUUGUUAAGCCAGAAGAUGUCGAUCUGAAAAAGGCAGAAGUUGUAAAAAAGCCAGAAGAGGUUGAGCAGAAAAAGCCAGAAGCUGAGCUCUAAUGUGUUGGAUAGCAAGUAAUUCUUGUUUAUCUUUUUCUAUGUAGUAGUAUGGUAAAUUAGUGAUUAUUACUCAUCUUGAUUAAAAUUUAAAGUAUGUACCUUGAUAGCUUAAGACGAAUGUAACAUUCUCAACAUUAUUCAAUUCCAAAUAUUACAGCAUAAGAUGAUUUUUCCUCAGUUA